AUGACGGCCCAGAAUGAGACUGUCAAGUCGGUGCUCGGCUCUAUGCGGCCCUUCAUUGGCAUGCUUGUGAAAACGCUCCAGCAACAGGGGCCACAAACGGCUGCUCAACUUCAGGAACACAACAACAACCACCUGCAGCUGCUUCAGUCAGUGGCCAAUGUGCUGCACAACCUCUCUUGGAAGUCAGACUUCAACAGCAAGCAGAUAAUGCGAGACUUUGGGACGGUACAUCACUUGGCAAAGAUGGCCAUGGAAACCAAAGACCUUAAAACGCUAAAGUCGCUUCUGGAGCCACUUCUCAACUUGACCGCACACUGCACGCCAAACAAAAUUGACUUUUGCAAAGUUGCGGGCAUGCUGGACUUUUUGAUCUCUAAACUAAGAAGUACUACCAAUACUUCCUUGUCCUCCAGUGUCACCUCUUCCGCAUCUCAGCUUAGUCCAACGGAGUUGGCCAUUGUAGAGAACAGCGGUGGCAUUCUCCGAAACAUCUCCUCCUAUCUGGUCACACGGGAAGAUCUCAUUGAGAAGCUUCGCAGCCAAAACAUUGUUGCCAUACUGCUGGAGCAGCUAAAAGCAGCCUCUCUCGCCGUAGUCAGUAAUGCCUGCAUCACCCUCUCUUACCUGGCAGCUCGUUCACCCCAAGAUGCGCUUAAGAUAAAAGAACUGGGAGGAAUACAAAUCCUGCAUGGCCUGACUAACUCAAAACACGAGCCCAUCAAGUUGGGCGCCUCCAAAACGCUGCAACAUUUGUUCACUUCUCACCUAAACAAUUACAAUGGCUCUUUUAAGGAUACGCCAAAAAUGUCUACAUCUUGUUCAAUUCCAAGUUCACUGCAGAUGCGCAAGUUGAAAGCUUUUAGAACUGAAAUACACAGCUUUCUCAGUGAAAACUUUGACACACUUCAGUGCGACGCAAGUCCCAAUGGCAGCCCCAGUCACUGUUCGUUGCACAAUCGCAAUCCCAACUCUAAGGCAUUCAACUUGAAUGACCACUCAACCGAGCCCAACCACUACCCGCCGGUGAACUACAAAGUAACUCGUUCGAGCAGUCACGACAGCAUCGGCAGCACACAAUCUGAACCGGUGAACAAGUCAUCAAUGCACCACCACCACCCUAACCAUCACCAUCACCAUCACCGUCGGUCGAUGCAUCAGUCGUCUGCCACUGCCGAUGACCACAAGAGCGCCGCCGCCGCGGCACUGCUCAAUCUGACCAGCAAAAACAGCCCAAACUCAGCAGCGUACGACCAUCAGCGAAUGAUACACUCAUACUCGGGACAGACGCUGAACAGCUGCCUCUACGCGACACUGCCCGCCAGUGCUCGCAUCAGUGCAAUUGAUGAUGGCAAUGGGGACUACUUGGCAAUGGUAGAAAGUGUGAUGAUGGGCUCCGCUGCCGGUGGUGGUGACGCCGCUUCUGACUACGACAUUAGCCUGUGCGACAUUUCCGGCAGCUCACUUGCCUGUCUGGCGCCACUUCCGCCUCAAAAAGGACAAACCCAAAUUAGCGGUAGUACCACCACAAAGACUAACAACAACAACAGCAGCAGCACGCCAGACUACAUGGAAGAGGAGGAGCAGGAGUUGGAGGAAGGAGAGGAGGACCCGGCGCCGACUGACUACAGCCAGCGCUUUAAGGAGCUGGUCAUCGACGACUUUGCACCGCCUCAGUCGGCCAGCAAGAGUGACGCCAGCGCCGGCGAGGACACUGUGAAGGUGUACCAGACGGAGAACACUCCGCUGGCCUUCAGCCUGGCGCCCUCACUCUCCGACCUGAGAGAGACUGCUCUGUUUGAACGCUUUGGUUCACUUCAACUGAACAGUAGUAAAUCGAUGCAAGAUGAUAAGUUGUUUAAGAAACCUUCUUUCUUAACUCCUAAACCAUUACCGAUAAAGUUCGCUUCCUCCUCUUCAUCGACAUCAUACAAUUGCAGCAAAAUUCCGUACUCCAUCAAGGAAGAUGUUGCCACAGACUAUGAGGGUGAGUACGCCAGCGAACGACAAAAUCAACCAAAGAGCAGAACUGGUAUUGCCAAGUCAAUAUCAAGUCAUGAAUCGCUAAAGUACUGUGGUCCAGUAAAAAAAGAUGGCGAGUACACUGUUCGCAGCAGCUCGAUGAGUGCAAUAGCGUACAGCAGAGCAUCCCCAGCAAACAAUGUCAUCUCCUCAAACAGUGUCACUCGGCAGGCCGAUUCACUGGAACACUUUGCUGCCAAAGACAAUGCGCAGCACUUUGCCACCGAGGAUACACCGGCCGUCUUCUCGCACGCCACUAGUCUUAGUUCGUUGUCAAUUGAUGGUGACGAUGAUUUAGAUGCUGACUUUGGCAACAGUGGACAGCAGAAGCAAAAACAGAAGCAGAAACAGAAAACAUCUGUAGAAUCAAACGCUACUAGUCAAACGGGUAGUGAAAAUGUCACCUCAAAGUCUAGUCUCAACUCAGCAACCGCAGCAAUUCACCAGAAAAUUAGUCAACCUGGCAACAACAAUAAUAGCAGCAAUGCUACUACUCAGCAGAAAAACUCGACUUUAGCGCCAGUGCAACUUCAAUCGAAUCAGUCGCCCCUGCAUAAAAUGUCAUUAUCGGUUUCCACUACAACUUGUGCAGCACUAGUGAAGGCCACUCCAGUUGCUGCUGCUAAACGAGCAUCUAAAACGGAAACAACUCAGCACAUGUCAAUGUCGACAAUGGGUCGACCUGCUCAACAGCAGUACAGCAGUGAAAAACAACAACAACAACAACAAUACCCAUCAAUGCUUCCACCAAAAAAGCCUCUUCCUUCGAUACCGGCAGGCGAAUCCCCUUUACUACCAAAAAGUACUUCUGCACUACCAAUCGAUGACGAAGACGAUGACUAUGAUGAUUUCCUAUUUAAAUGUCGUCAAGUAGUCAUGCCUAAGGAAACACAAGUGAAACUUAAAAUGCCAGCAAAAAUAACUAGCACUGCUAAAGUUACUGCUUCUCAAAACGAUGCAAAGCAAAGCAGUGCAAAUUACAAAAACACGCGUGGGCAACCAAUAUCAUCAGUUCAUCAAACAGGAAUUUCUAGUCAAAUCAACUUAAAACAAUCGCCAAACACUCGAAAUGCUGGUAAAGUUGAUGCAAAAAGCAAAAAUAAUAGUAGUUCAGGUGUACUGAAAAACACAAUACCAAAUGCAAAACAACCAAAACAGCAAUCGAGUAAAGCAAGUAACACUAUCAAAAAUGCCGUUGCAGAACUGAGCGACACUGAUGAGGAUGACGAUCUUCUGCUGAAUCAGUGCAUGCAAAUAGCCAUCAACAAACAAAGUCACAGCCACUCUAAGUCAUCUUCAAAGAAAGCCAAUGUACGGCAUUCAAAUUCCUCCAAUCGAGAGGGCAAGUCUCCCUGGCAAAUAAACAAAAAGAAUGCCCCAUCGGCAACUGUUUCCGAAAAAAUAAGUCAGCAUCACAUUGCACAAGAGAUAAUAAAGUUGCCUCCCAAUGAGCCAUCACCGGUUGAGCGAGAAAAACACUUCCACGUUGAGGACACACCAGUGCAUUUCUCGCAACGUCACUCGCCACUUAGUUUACUCUUAGUCGACUCAGACAUUGAAAAUGAAAACGACAAACUGAUUGAAGCGGCGGCUCAGCUGGACGCAGCUUCUCAAGAGAAAACCCAAAUUUGGGUGCACCACACCUCAAGACAACAGGAAAUGUCUGAAACGGAAUCAGAGUCGGCGACAGUAACACUAACCAGCAACAAUGCAGCCGCAGCAGCAAAUUCAACUUCACAAUCUUCAUCAUCUACGCAUGUACGCAGCAGUGGUAAGGCAACUCAAGCACGGUCAUCAUCGUCCACGUCGUCUUUGGAACAGCAACGUCAAAUUUUACCAGGAAUUACCUGCCAGCGUGGAAACAGCACUAAACAGAACACAAACGCUGGCAACGACAACGCCCGUAACCAACAGCGACCGUCGGUUACCAGCCACACCAACAAAAACAGUAGUAUUAAGGCAAGGAGGAAAAAAACCGAUAUUAUUGCGGAACAGGCAAACAACCUAACGGGUAGUGGUAGUGGCGGCAGCACCUCUCACCGAACACCGGACACUGGCGACAGCAGCAGCAAACAACAGCAACACUUCUCCUCACUGGAAAAUGCCGCUGAUGACGACGACGACGACGAACGGACAUACACCAUUUGCACGCAAAGUUCUCGACACUCGAGUGCGACUUUAACUGCCGCUGCUCUGACUAGCAAUCAACCGGCACCUUUGGUCAUGUCAACCUACUCCUCCUCCUCCCCGUCUGGAUCGGUGACCAACAUUGAGGGAGAGAAUCCUCCCUCGCUGGUUUACGACCACAAUUUGAUGUUCAGCAGCACGGAGACAAACAUGACUCGCAGUGGACUGAAGUUCAUUCCUCUGGCUCAGCCUACAACAACUGCAACAUCAGCCCCUCGAGCCACUUCUGCGCGAACCAGACGGACAACAGCAUCAGGAGGAGCUUUAGGUCAUGAGCUGCAGGUUUCUGCGUAUGGCCAUCCGCCAAAUGUUUCACUUGAGGAACUGGCACACAACUCUGCAGCCAGCCUGUUGGAGAACCAAAAACCGCCCUCUAUUAUGGAGCACUCCUCCUUCAUGUCGCAGAGCACUGCGAGCAUCACCUCGGAGAUAUCGGACAUUGCCCUCGACCAGGUGCCCAUUCGCCAGGCCUCCACUGACUUGGUGGUAGCUGAGGUGGCCUCAAACUACGCCAAGGAGAUCUCCAAUUUGGCCGAGCAGGCACUGUGCUUCACUUCACCUGGCACACUGCAGACAAUGUCACUGGACGAAACGCCGUUGUCACUGUCGCCGCUGUCGUCACCCACUGCUGACAACAGCAACAGCAAAAGACUGGCUGAAAUAAAACCUACCAACCCCAAUGACCUUCAUCAUCAGUUUGAACAGCAGCAGUUUAGGUCUGACCGAACAUUCGACAUGGAGCCGUCGCCAACGCCUCGCACUGCCACUCAGAACUCCUCACAUAGAACAUCAACAACAAACACUGGCACGACAACGGUCACAGUAGAGCGAACAUCCUCCAAUACUCGCACCUACAAUAAAAAGGACCGGACUAAGGGCACCAACAACACCACUGAGCAAACAUUGAAAUCUUCAGGCAGCAAUACCGGUAAAGGAGUGAACGCUGCCAAUGCAGACGACUCCGACACUGACAUUUCAGAGAAUUUGCCGCUUGAUGACGUACAGACAAAAGAGCUUAACUUUUACGUUUCUUCUCCGACCACAACUAAAAGUUUUCCAUCACAACAGCAGUUUUUGCCCAACAAUCCAAUAGACUCUUCAAAAGCUAGAAACAAAAAGCCACCGCCAGCCCCUCGUUAUAAGUCACGCUCAGCAAAACAUCAGCAUGUUCCCGCCAGCUUUGAGCUGACUGAUGAUGAUGAUUCCAGUGAUGAUGAUGAUCGUCUGCACUUCGGAUACAGUCGAUCACUGAACAGCAAACGGGUGACACGUUCAUUGCGCAAAAACUCUAAAACCUCUGAACCGGUUGGUUUUCCGCGAUUUGAAUCCUUUAGCUCGGCGAUGCGCCCGGAAAAUCAGCAAACGGAUCCGUACUCUAACCACCAUCAAAUGGCGUUUAGCUCUCUUGGUCGACGAUCUUACUCAUCUAGUAGAACUAAAAAGGAAAAAGAUUUUGGGGACAAAGAUCUUUUUUUUACUGCAAAACACAAAAACACUGUUGCUGAAAAUCAUGCACAAUUUUUUCAGAGUAAAUCAAAUACACCACAAUCAGGUGUCACAUCUGCAUCAAAGUACUUUGAUCGUCAUGCAGCUGUCCUAGGCUCAAUGGAAAACGAAAACCACUUUCAAAUAGAAAAUCAAGCGCCAAAUGCCAUUGAAUCAGCAAUUCCAACUCUAAUACCAACGUCAAAACGGUCAAACAGCAGUGACAUUAGAAAACCAAAGGAAAACAACAAAAGCUCAAACAAAGAAAAGAAAAAAGAAUCAUCAAUUUUUUCCAAAAUUAGCUCAUCAUUUUCGUCGCACAACAUUGGCUCGCAUUCAGUUAAUUCCGGCGAAUCAACGCCCACAACUCCAACCACGCCAACUUCAACUAAAACGUCAUUUAAUAAAAUAAACUCAAAGUUUGCAUUACUUUUUAAACGAAGCAAAAGCUCUCAUGACAAACUAGACCAAGAAGCUUUGCCAGCAAACUCACCCAAAAAUACCAAAACUUCAAAAACAGACAAAAAUCGAUCAGACAAUAAAACUGACAAAGUUUCGGACUCCAAUCAAAAUCAAGCCGGUUUGCCGCGCAGUUCAACCUACGAAAAGUUGCCUGUCAAUGAAGAGGAAGCAGCUCAACUGAGCUCUCGUCAACUUAAAAAUAACAGCAGCAGCAACAACAACAACACUAACAAUACUGAUUGCCAAUUUGUUGUUCAAGAAAGAGGGUUUGCUGAGAAACACUUUUACCGGUUCACUGUGUCACCAGUGAAUAGUCAACUUUCACUCACCGAAAACACUUCACUGUUUGGCAACUCAAGUAAGCAAACGGAAAUGAGCCCAACACAACAGCCGCCCAAUCAGUUUACCUUUACCACUUUUGUAAAGGCGCCUUCCAGCAAAAUUUGCUCAUCAUCAGGUGAAUCGGUUUCUACGCAAGCUUUGGCAGAAAACCAAUUGCGCAGAGAAGCUGAUCCUGUUUAUCAGCACCAGUACAGCCAGCAACCUAAACAACAACAAAAAAAUGCCACACUCAACUCUGAUAUC